CUGAAGGUUUGGAAGUUUGGCUGAAGGUUUGGGAGUCUGGCUAAAGGUUUGGGAGUUUGGCUGAAGGUUUGGAAGUCUGGCUGAAAGUUUGGGAGUUUGGCUGAAGGUUUGGAAGUUUGGGUGAAGGUUUGGGGGUUUGGCUGAAGGUUUGGAAGAUUGGCUGAAGGUUUGGAAGAUUGGCUGAAGGUUUGGAAGUUUGGCUAAAGGUUUGGAAGUUUGGCUGAAGGUUUGGAAGUUUGCCUGAUGGUUUGGAAGUUUGGCUGAAGGUUUGGAGGUUUGGCUGAAGUUUUGGGAGUCUGGCUGAAGUUUUGGAAGUUCGGCUGAAGUUUUGGAAGUCUGGCAGAAGGUUUGGGAGUUUGGCUGAAGGUUUGGAAGUUUGGCUGAAGGUUUGGAAGUUUGGCUGAAGGUUUGGAACUUUGGCUGAAGGUUUGGAAGUUUGGCUGAAGGUUUGGGAGUCUGGCUGAAGGUUUGGGAGUUUGGCUGAAGGUUUGGAAGUCUGGCUGAAGGUUUGGGAGUUUGGCUGAAGGUUUGGGAGUAUGGCUGAAGUUUUGGAAGUUCGGCUGAAGUUUUGGAAGUCUGGCAGAAGGUUUGGGAGUUUGGCUGACGUUUUGGAAGUUCGGCUGUAGGUUUGGAACGUUGGAUGAAGGUUUGUGAGUUUGGCUGAAGGUUUGGAAGUUUGGCUGAAUGUUUGGAAGUUUGGCUGAAGGUUUGGAAGUCUGGCUGAAGGUUUGGAAGUUUGGCUGAAGGUUUGGGAGUUUGGCUGAAGGUUUGGAAGUUUGGCUGAAGGUUUGGAAAUUUGGCUGAAGGUUUGGAAGCUUCACUGAAGGUUUGGAAGUUUGGCUGAAGGUUUGGAAGUCUGGCUAAAAGUUUGGAAGUCUGGCUGAAGGUUUGGAAGUUUGGCUGAAGGUUUGGGAGUUUGGCUGAAGGUUUGCAAGCUUGGCUGAUGAUCAGGGGGGAAGCAGAGAGGAGUGUCAUAGUGAUGCAGGAAGGCUGGCAAGGAGGUAGCUGAGAGGAGUGUCAAGGUGAUGCAGGAUGGGGAAGCAGGGGGGAAGCAGAGAGGAGUGUGGGGCAGGGAGGUAAGAGUUAAGAGAGGUGUGGCGUGUGAAAGCAUCUCCCACAUGACCACCCCGUGUCACCCCUAUCAAGGCCUGCCCCAAACCCCCGCCCUAACCACCUCUCCAUCAAACGCAACCCAGCAGGGGUCAGGCAGCCGCAGACCCAAACAAGGACCAUCUGGCGGCAGCGUUGGGCCAGGCGCAUGACAAAGCCAUGCAUGGUGUUUCAAAACACUUGAGGCCAGCAGUCUGUGUCCAGCUAGGCGGACUGUCUGCGCUCAUGGGUGGAGCAAAGAAGGCGACAAUGGCGGACUUGCUAUACUUCUACAUAAUGAACUCCUAUAAGGCACACCAACGGCUAAUGCGUGCUGGCUCUAAAGCUGGUGUGAAUGGGGGUGAUGCUAGAGCUAGGGCGGAGCAGCACCUCGAGGCUUACGGAAAGCUGUUUGACGCAAGGGCCAAGCAUGGACCGGACUCAGCAUCCAAAAUCAUUGAGCAAGCAGACCGCCAAUUGACAGGGCUCACCUACAACUUUCCCUCCUACGAAGUGGGCACGAAGGGGAAACUACGGCCCGUGCAGGGAUGUGGGUGGGGCGGGGCCCGGAGAGGGAAGAAGUAUGAGAGUCAGCGUUCAAGAGCAUGCUCCCAUGUUCCCAUGCUCACAUGCUGCCAAUGCUCUCGUGCACCCAUGCUCCCCUGCUCCCAUGCUCACACGUUCCCGUGCUCCCCUGCUCGCAUGCUCCCAUGCUCCCGUGCUCCCAUGCUCCCACGCUCACAUGCUCCCAUGCUUCCCUACACCAGCCUUUGGAGUCUGUGACCCCUUGUGCAUGCGGUGCUUUGCCUUUGAGGGUAGCAGGCCAUGGAGAGCAGAGCAGGCCCCCUCAAGCCAGGGAUGCUCCCAUCACUGGAGCACAGCCCCCACCGUCGAAGAAAGCCAGCCCGGCAAGCCAUGCAACCAGGACUGUUGAUGAUGCAACGCCACCGACCGAACUGUCGGGCUCAACCAAACGCGCAAAGCGAGCGCGGGCUGUGCCAGUUCCCAGGGGAUGGUCAGCAAGCCCCUCCCUUGAUGAUGUCCCGGAAAACCGGGUAUGUCUAAUGGAGGCAAAACACGUGCUCACUGAGCUUGCCACCCUGCGAAUGUGUUGCCCGGAUAAGGCGUGCACGGGAACUAUGACUUUGAUCUCAUGGAAUGACGCAUGGGCAUGCAUCGGUUGGUACUGGCACUGCGAUAAGUGUACAAAAAGCAAGGAAAUGUGGUCCAGUCCAAAAAAGGAACACUUGUCCAGCUUGAGAAAGCCGGGACCACGAACAUCCUCGCUCAUGUACAAGUUUGUUGGGGCAUUUGCCCUUGCUGGACAAGGGUAUCAAGUCAUGUGGGAAGUCUGUCGAAACCUUGGGUUAUGCAACCCAGUGAAGAGUACCUUCUAUCGUCUAUUACGGGGGAAGGGGGGCUUAUGGAAUGCCAUCACCACAGCUGCUAGCAGGUCGAUGGCCAGCGUGCGUGAAAGCCUGUCGCAGCGCUUGGGUGGCGUGGGAUUCAUCAGUGUUGAUGGGAGAUGGUCCCAGGCACGGGAAGCGGAGUGGUGCACCGUGUCAUUUCUGCAUCCAGAGUGUCGGAAGAUUCUCCAUGUUGAAAACACUAAAAAGUGGGAGCACGACCCUUCCUCUCCCAAGUUGGAGGGUAUCGCCUUCAAUAACGGCAUGGACUUCCUAGCCAAGACCGGGUUUGAGAUGGAGGGUAUCGGGACUUUCCGGACCGCCACAGCAGAGAGAGGGGUUCCGCACCAAGUCGAUUGGUGGCAUAAGCGGCGUUCGGUGUCGAGGUGUUUUGAGGUCGAAGUGCAGGACUUGCUCAGGCCAGUGGUUGCAAUCGCUGACGCCAAGGUCGUGGAAGAUCUACAUGCGCACACGGUGUCCAAACUCCGCGCAUGGCUGCUUGACAAUGCACCUGAACAGGUCUGUGGGAUGAUUUGGAAAGAAGGGCUGAUUGCAGCGGUGUGCACGGUGCUCCAUGUCGAGUAUCGUGUAGUGAAGCCCGCAGAUGCAAAAUACAUGCACCCGGAGUUG